UUUUAGUAUAGUCUCACAACAAUUUUCCAGAGUGAGAGAGAGAGAGGGAGAGAAGAAGAUCACACUUAAUUUCCUCUUGCCUCUCUUCUUCUUCUUUGAUUUUUCUCGGUAAUACAUAAUUUCGCUCUCCGUUCUCAGAAAAUAAUUUUGUUGCUGUUGUUAUUCUUGGUUUCUCCGACUCUUUCCACUUGAACCAAGUUCGACAGAAAUUAAAGAGGGGGGAAAUGAGUAGAGGUGGCGGAGAAAUGGAAGAGAGACUGCUAAAUGCGUCAGAGACAGAACAGAGGAGAGAGAGUCUCUACUUGAGAAAGAAGAUUUGGAGUGAAGUAAGAAAGAUGUGGAGAAUAGCUUUACCAUCAACUUUGUUCAGAGUGAUGUCGUUUGGUUGCAUAGUGGUAGCUCAAGCCUUCAUUGGCCACUCCAGUGAAACGGGUCUUGCUGCUUAUGCUCUCAUUCAGAGCACUUUCAUUCGUUUCAUCUAUGGUGUUAUGGCCGGUAUGUCGAGUGCGACGGAGACGCUAUGUGGACAAGCAUACGGAGCACAACAAUACCACAUGAUGGGGAUAUAUCUACAACGUUCUUGGAUAGUAGACACCUUUACAGCCACUCUCUUUGUCCCUUUCAUCAUCUUCGCGGGUCCUAUUCUUCGGUUACUUGGCCAAAACAUUGAGAUCACCAAGACCGUAGACGAGAUCUACCCUUGGGUCAUUCCUUAUCUAUACAGCAUCGUUUUCACCAUGACAAUCCAAAUGUAUCUCCAAGCGCAGAUGAAGAACGCCAUCAUAGGCGUUCUCUCGACCGUAGCCUUGGUUGUGGACAUUGUGGCCACGUGGUGGUGCGUGAGCGUGAUGGGAAUGGGAAUCCAUGGUGCGCUUCUAGGACUUAAUAUAAGCUCGUGGACAGUGGUAAUAGCCGAGUUUGUGUACGUGUUUGGAGGGUGGUGCCCGCAUACUUGGACAGGCUUCAGCACUGCUGCUUUUGUUGAUCUUUUCCCAAUGCUCAAGUUAUCCAUUUCCUCUGGAUUCAUGCUUUGCUUAGAGUAUUGGUAUAUGAGCAUCAUUGUCUUAAUGUCUGGAUAUACAGAGGAUGCCAAUAUUGCAAUUUCUGCAUUUUCCAUAUGCCAAUAUAUAUACACUUGGGAGAUGAACAUAAGCUUAGGCUUGUUGGGUGCAGCAUGCGUACGAGUAGCAAACGAAUUGGGAAAAGGAGAUGCCGACGGAGUGAGAUUCUCGAUAAAAGUGGUGCUUGUGGUAUCAGCGGUGAUUGGUGUGUUAUGUUCUAUUCUGUGCUUAGCAUUUGGUGGUCAGAUUUCGUAUUUGUUCUCCGAUAGCCACCAAGUUUCAGACGCAGUCGCUGAUCUCUCCAUCGUCCUUAGCCUAUCCAUACUCUUAAACAUCGUCCAACCCAUUCUCUCUGGAGUAGCUAUUGGAGCAGGGAUGCAGAGUGUGGUAGCAUUUGUGAACUUAGGAACUUAUUAUGGAGUUGGUAUUCCCUUUGGGUUCAUCCUUAUCAACAUUUUCCGUUUUGGUGUUAAGGGACUGUGGUCAGGAAUGCUGGUUGGAGUUGGUAUGCAAACGUUGAUAUUGUCUUAUGUUAUUUACAAAACUGAUUGGGAAAUGGAGGUUAAGAAGACGAACGAGCGUAUGAAAACCUGGACUCUAAAGUCACCUUCUGUAGAACCGAGUACUAUCACGACGAGAGAUGAAGAGAGAAAGUGAUUAUACAUAUAUAUUUAAAUCAUUUAAGAAGUUUUACAAUAUUCUUUUUAUCGUUUGAAAUAUAAUAUUUACGGUGUUCUGUAAUUUCUUGCAUUCGCGUAAGAAAACAAAAUACCUUUGUUGAGAUUGCAUUAUUAGGUUAGUGCAACUCUCAUAACUUUGAAAAAGAGGUUAAUAAGGUUCAGAUUUCUUAGAGCA